GAGCGGGGUUGCGAGCAAUCAGGACAGCUAGUGAUGAGAAGUGUCCCGGAUAUUUACCUUCCUCUACCUGGAUCCUCGGACGCGGCGGCCCGUCCCGAGGUGGCCCCGGUGGUCAUUCUCAUGUGCACGAUUCGUCUCUGAAGCGGGACGACGGAGGUCCCCCUCGCUGAGACCAGCCAAGGGUGGUUACCGUGGUGACAGACAUGCCAAAACCAGACCUGCUCUGCUUAGUUCAGCUGCUGGACGGCACCAUCGAGACCUUCCGAAUAAAUAAGCAUGAUGAAGGUGUGGUUCUGCUGGACCGAGUGUGCGACCACCUGGGCCUACAGGAAAGGCAGCUCUUCAAUCUGCAGAUCAGAGAGUCCAGCACAGCCGUCACCUCCAUCACCGCCAACACACACUCGCCUAGAUGGUUGGAGCCUGAGAAACCUUUGAAGAAGCAGAUAAAAGGUCUGGCAUCUCCCUUUUAUCUAAACUUCCGAGUGCACUUCUUCAUUUCGGAUCCCAACUCCCUGCAACAUGAACAGACGAGGAACCUUUACUUCCUCCAGAUCAGGAGUGACAUUAAAGAAGGCAGAUUGCAGUGCCCGCUGAGUUCAGCCGUGGUUUUGGCGUCUUACGCCGUGCAGUCUGAGCUGGGCGAUCACGGUCCAUCCCAGAAAAGCGGUUACUUGUCAAAGUACCACUUCAUCCCCGAGCAAGAUGAAAACUUUAUAUCCAAAGUGGAGGAGCUGCAUCCAAAACACAAAGGUCUGAAGAAAAGCGAGGCAGAGUUGUGUUUCCUCAAUACGGCGCGGACGUUGGAGCUUUAUGGAGUGGAGCUGCACGCCGCUCUGGACACCAACAAUGCUCCGCUCAUGGUGGGCUUGGCAUCGAGUGGUGUUGCAAUAUUCUGCAAUAUGAUUUGCUCCAGUUUCUUCCCCUGGGGGAAUAUUGUCAAGAUUUCCUUUAAGAGGAAGCGAUUCUUUAUACACCUCAAACGUAAACAUGGCGAGACCCAGGACUGUGAAGUGACGCUAGUUCUAGCGUGCCCAAAGACCUGCAAGAACCUGUGGCGCUCCUGCGUGGAUCAUCAUUCCUUCUUCAACUGCAACCGCACCGCCAGGAGCCCCAAACACAACAACAGCUCAGUUCAUUCCUACAGGAAGUUUAUAACACAUCACUUGGGCUUGGCAAAUAGUAAAAAUGAAAGUGGUCCAGUUUGUCAACGUGUGGUGGGCGGAAUGGUGUGGAACCCGGUUCUGAGGCGAUCCAUUUCAUCGGAAUAUUUGGAGACUAAGAGUCUACCGUCGAGAUCGCCCCCCAGCACGCCCAACUGGCGGAGUCCUCGCGUUCGCCACGGUAUCCGCAAAGUCCGGCCGUCAUCCAUGGAGCUGAGCGGUGAGCUGAAAGACGUACCCGAGGGAGAAGACGUCUUCUACACGUACAGAACGUCGGUCAGCAGCAGCAAGGACAGCGAAGGGGACGCUUCGCUGCAUCUGUUGGAUGAGAUCUUGUUGCAUGCUGAUGACAAUAUAGCAGAAGAGGAUGGAGUCAGCAGCUCCCUCUACAAUAACAAGCAGGCCCUCAGCGACGGCGACCUGCUGCUGAUUCGAAUCGCUCCCGAUCACGAGGGCAAGUUUGGCUUUAAUGUUAAAGGUGGGGUGGAUCAGAAGAUGCCUCUUGCCAUAUCGCACGUGAAACCUGACUCUCCGGCCGGUCGAUGUGAGCCCAAACUGCUGGAAGGAGACCAGUUGGUGCUCAUCAACGGUCGAGACAUUUCCGAACACACGCACGACCAGGUGGUCAUGUUCAUACGGGCCAGCAGAGAGUCGCACUCCCGAGAGCUGGCCCUGCUCGUCAAACGCAAAGGUCCCGGCCGAGCCGCGGCGCUACUCCUGCUGCCCCCCGCCCUCACCCUCACCGGUCAGUCCCAAACAGACGGGUCGCAGUCUCCUGGCCAGUCCGAACGGGUCACGACGCUGGACGAGUCCAUGCGACAAGUCGAGAGAGGAAUUCAAUCCGGAACUUUGUGCUUCCACUUUGAGAAUUUAUACAGAAGGAAGCCUGGCUUGUCCCAGAGCUGCGCUCGGCUUCCCAAGAACAUGGACAAGAAUCGCUAUCGGGAUAUUUUACCCUAUGACGCCACCAGAGUCACCCUUCAGGGCCAGGAGGACUACAUCAAUGCCAGCCAUAUCACGGUGGCACCUCCGGUCUCUGGGGAGUGUUUACGUUACGUCGCAGCUCAGGGUCCACUGCCGCAGACCUGCUCUCAUUUUUGGCAGACCGUUUGGGAGCAGCAGUCACACACCAUUAUCAUGCUUACUACUCUGACAGAGCGAGGAAGGACCAAGUGCCACCAGUACUGGCCGCAUCCGCCGGAUGUGAAGGAUUAUGGACACAUGAGGGUGAAGUGUCACUCCGAGGAGUGUAACCUGGCCUACGUGACACGGCAGUUCACCCUCACACACACUCAGAAAGGUGAAGAACGCACGGUCACACACCUGCAGUACGUGGCGUGGCCCGACCACGGUGUACCCGACGACCCUUCCGACUUCCUGCUGUUCGUCAGCUCGGUCAGGGAGAGGAGACGAGCCCAAGAGCCUCUGGUGGUGCACUGCAGUGCCGGGAUUGGACGGACAGGUGUUCUCAUCACCAUGGAGACGGCUCUGACGCUGUUGGAUCGGGGGCUGCCGGUGUUCCCGCUGGACAUUGUCAAAACACUGAGAGAUCAACGAGCCAUGAUGAUUCAGACCACGUGUCAGUUCCAGUUUGUGUGCGAGGCCAUUUUGCGAGUCUACAAGGAGAAGCAAGGGGGAUCUACAUCCCCGUAGUCCAAAUCACAAACGGCACCGGAGGAAACCGAGCCUCGUAACUUCCACUCGAGCAACUCCCACCGAGGGGGCCGACAAGCACGGCAAGAGAUUAACCUCUGUUGUGCCUGCCGGGUCGCUACACGGUCUGGAUGAGAAUUAUGCAGCGUCCAAGCGCAGCUGGAUGCCAGCUAUGUAGCCAAGAUCAAAUAGGACACUUUGAAUCUUACAAUCGUCUGCCUUACGUUUCUGCCCAGAGCGCCGACUAAGCUUGGAUGGGAUACACAAAACGAAUGAAAGCUGCUAAGCUCAGGAAUUAAGUUGGUGUCGUCUGCAAGACGACUGACGGAAGGAAGAAGAAGUGAUUGUUAGAACGUGUAUACUGUGUGUGCCUUUUAGUAGAGGGGCGGAAUACGACAAGAUGCUGUAUGGGGUACUGUGGCUGCCACUUUUCACUUAAAUUAUUCUCACAAUGAAAUAAACACUGAUUUGUAUGCC